AUGGCGAUGGCACCUUCAAAACUCAACACAACUCUUGUUAUCUUCAUCACCAUCUCCUUCCACCUCACCUCCUCUGCAUAUCCCUUAAGCAACACCAUAACCACCACCUGCACCAAUGUCCACCACCACAACUCCUCCCUCUCCAAAUGCAUGUACGUACAAACACACGCCGAUUGCCACCCAAAAGGCUACAUCAACUACCUUAAGUUCUUCUACUGUACUCUAUCCAGAUUUCCUCAAUUGGGUUUCCUUCUCCUCCUCCUAUGGCUCCUGAUACUCUUUUAUGUGUUGAGCGACACCGCCUCCGAUUACUUCUGCCCUGCCGUAGAAAACCUGUCAGAAUUCCUCAACCUCUCCCCCGCCAUCGCCGGAACCACUCUUCUUCCGUUAGGAAACGGCUCACCGGAUGUUUUCUCCAGCAUAAUCUCCUUCACUGCUUCCGGAGACGGCGGAGAUAUCGGCCUUAACAGUAUCCUAGGUGGGGCAAUUUUCGUUUCAACCGUCGUCGUCGGAAUUCUCAGCUUAUUAAUCUCUUACCGACGGAAAGUCGUCAUCGUUGAUAAACCCAAUUUCAUCAGAGACGUUGUUUUUCUCCUCUUUUCCCUUUCAAAUCUACUCGUAAUCAUCCUAAUUGGGAAAAUCAGCUUCUGGGCAUCCAUUCUUUUUGCUUCCACAUACAUCAUUUACAUUUCUCUAGUCUCUUACAUGCAUUUCAUCAGCAAGAAGAAACAAAAAAUCCCAAAUGACCACCAUCAUCAUCAGGGUCCCGGACUACCAUUACUGGCUUCUGUUAAUGCUCAAGAAAAACGAAAACCUUCUGCAGAUAAAGUUGUACCCCACAGAAAACGUGUCAUCCUAUUGCUUCUGUAUGUUGCCGCGUUGCCACUUUACUUGCCAAGAAAGCUUACAAUUCCAUUGAUAACAAAAGAGAAAUGGUCCAAGCCUUAUGCUGUCAUUUCGGUGGCGUUAGCCCCAGUUACGUUGGCUCUUAUUUUGAGCACACAACAAGGCUUAGUUGUCACAAAAGCUACCAUGGUGACAUGGUCUAUAGCAUUGGUAAUCGGGCUUGCUUUAGGGACUUGUACAUUUGCUUUCACAAGUAGUGCCAUGGCACCACAAAAGUGUUUGUUCAUUUGGCAUGCAAGUGGGUUUCUAAUGAGUGUCAUAUGGACAUACAUCACAGCUGAGGAAUUGGUCUCUUUGUUGGAGUCACUUGGGACAAUUAUUGGGAUGAAUCCUUCAGUUUUAGGGCUCACUAUCCUAGCUUGGGGUAACUCACUUGGUGACUUGACAUCAAAUGUUGCGAUGGCAAUGCAUGAUGGGCCCGAUGGGGCCCAAAUUGCCAUAACUGGAUGUUAUGCAGGACCGGUGUUUAACAUCUUUGUGGGAUUAGGGUUUUCGUUUGUGAUUGCUUGUUGGUCACAUUAUCCGGCGCCUUAUAUGGUUCCGGUGAACCCUUAUUUGUGUGAGACAGUAGGGUUCAUGAUAUGUGGUUUGUUAUGGGCUCUUGUGGUAUUGACCAAGAGGGAAAUGCGACUCGAUCGAACACUGGCGGUUGGUCUUUUAGCAAUAUACUUUUGUUUCCUGUUUGUUAAGGUUGCUAGGGUUGUUGGAUUGAUUGAUGUUUUUGUAUCUAAUCCAUUGUAA